UUAGGACUCGUGUUUGUCCAGUUCUCGUCAAUGGAGGGCGCUCUUCAUUUCCUAGAUAAGUUUAUUUUGGUUCGCACGUGCGGCUGUUGUGCUUUUGAAUCUGAGUUACAUUUUUUUGUUUUCUUAUAUCCGAGUCAGUUGAAUUCAUCAUGCGAAUGCUGCGCACGUGUAUCCUUUGUCUGAGAAAUCACCUGCCGAAAAUUGGAGCCCAAAAUGGUCUCUGUCAUCGCCAAUUCGCCUCCGGAAUUUCCGCGGAAUCGACAGGCAGAUUUCCCCCAAGUUGCUUCCUGAAUCAAAAGUUGUCAAGUUUUUCGAACAGACAUGCAUCAGACAAUUCUAAGGCGCAGCUUUUCAAACCAAGACACUUUUCAUCAGCUUUGUAUACUCCUUUGUCGGAAGCGGACCACGCUCCAUUUGUUUUGAAACCAGAAAUUGACUUUGAGGGAAUGUUUGAAGACCUUGGCGAAUUGGAAAAGAAUUUGGAAGCCAGAGGACACAAAUUCAAUGUGUCAAAAUUGCUUUCACUUUGGGAACAGCUCCAGAGUUUUGAACAAGAGAAAAGUUGCAUUGAGGAACGGAGGGCAAAUGUCAAUGAGGAUAUCAAACAGUUGAAGAAAAAGGGUGGCGCAAAGAAGCAAAGAGACAAAUUGCAGCAGUUGGGAAAAUCACUUCGGGAAGAGCUACGUCAUGUUAAUUCAUCCAUAGCUUCAUUGUCAGACGAGUUUUACCCCACGGCUCUCAAGCUUCCUAACAAGUUACAUCCUGCCGUGCCUCAUGGAAGCACACCAAAGAUUCUGGAGACAUUUGGAGCCGAUAGAGAAGAGAAGGCAUUGAAGUCUGCAGAAUUUCCGGAAAGGAGUUUUAUGACGAAAAGUCACCCCAUGUCCCAUGCUGGGUAUGCUUACCUAGAGCACGACGCUGCACUGAUGGAGCUAGCAUUAACCCAGUGGGCUACACAAGAACUCCUACAGCAAGGCUUUACUCCAUUCACCUGCCCAGCUAUGUACAAGUCUCUUGCCUUGGAAUCUCUGGGAUUGGAACCUGAAAGCAACAAUGAGACCUAUGCCAUUGAGACUAAUGAGAAUGUACAGUACCUUGCUGGAGUCAGUCCAUUGAAUUUCAUUGCUUACUUCAUGAUGUCUGUCCUAGAAGUGGCUGAUCUACCAUACAGGUGCUUCACUGUUGGAAGAAGUUACAACAACCAUUUAGAAUCAACUCACUUUGAGGGACUUCAUAAAAGUUUCCAGACACAGAAGGUUGAAAUGUGCGGUGUGUGUGAGAACACUGAAGCAGCUAGCAGUGCACUGUUUACUCAGUUUCUGAGUACAGCAAAGGGUCUUCUAUCAAAUCUUCCUCUUCAUUAUAGAAUUGUUGAGGUUCCAAGCGCCCACCUACUUCCCAGCAUGUACAGGAAGUGUGCCAUUGAAGUCUGGAUACCAGACGCUGGUACAUUCUCAGAGGUUACUAGCGUGUCUAGCUGUACUGACUACAUCAGCCGGCGGGUCAAGAUAAGAUAUCCAGCUAUGCCAUCACAGACGGCAGCUCAGAGUAGAAAGCGGAACUUCCCAUGCACGGUACAUUGCACAGCGCUUGACACUUCAACCAUUUUAGCAGCUCUUUUACCCUGUGCACACCAACAGUUGCCAGAGGUUCUCAAGCUCCACAUGCCACAGGCAGUGUCAUCGUGACCAGUGGGUUGACCCCAGCGAUUUCAUUUAGGCCGAGGGAAUGAGAGUCAUAGAAUACCGUCCUGCUGAUUUUGAAAAACAAUGAGGUUUUUUUUCUUUAUUCAUUUUUCAUUAUUCUGAAGCAUUUACCAGAAUCAGGUAAAAUUAUACAUGAUGUCACUACGUGCACAUUAAGAAAGUGUUUGGGAAAACGGCAACAGGCAGUCGUUGGUAUCAUGCAGCGCUAGUGCUGGUAACCGCGCGCUAUACAUUGUAUGCACGUAUUUUAUAUGUACCGCGUGUUCACGGUACUCUGUACGCGUGGGCAGAUUGGGUUUUGCGCCAAUGUGGUACACAGAAUACGACUAUUUUGCGUCACAAAAUUGUGUAGAGCGGAUUCUGAUAAAAUUAGAAGUAAACUGUUGUGGCAGAUUAAUAUUCUGGGUAAAUAAUGAUUUUUUGUAAAUAAUGAAAAAUUUCGGCGGCACCUUUCGGCACAUGCGGGUGGUGGACGGUAUUCUAUGACUUUCAUUCCCUCAGCCUUAGUGAAACAGCAUUGGCCUGACCUUAGUGUGACCUUCCAGCUGACCUCUGACCUGAUGACGCAGCCGUGUUGAUCAACGUGGAAAAUGCGGUGAAAUCCACCAGUGAGGCCUCGGUACUGGUGUGGAAAAAAAUCCCUGGUCUGCAGACAGGACACGAAUCAGUGGCUUAGGCAAGUUCUAGACGCCAUGCGACUGCCGUCCGGAACUCAAAUAAUUGGACUUUUUAAAAAUUCGGCAUGACGAUAGCAUGGCGUUUAGAACC